AUGGCAUGCAAGUGCUUUUUCGAAACCAGAGAGGCUUCAGUCUGUAGCGAGUCUUCAGCGAGGUUGAUAAAGCUUUCAGAAUGUACAGGUGAUAUCAGUGAUCAUCUACGAGCAUGUCACUUAGGUCAGCUUAGAGGAACGGUACAAGAAUAUGAGCUUAUCAUUAACAGGUCAGGGUUGCCACACGACCUUUCCCCUGAUCAACUUGAAGAACUUGGUAUCUGCGAAAAGCAUAGAGGAAACAUGGGUAAAAACUGGCGACCACGUCGCACUUGCCAGUACCCGCUGCACAACGGCCGGAAAAAGCAGCUAAAUACUAGAAACGCAGUUCAUCUCGACAUGUCAAUGGAAAUUAACACUAUCUUUGCAGAACUCGUUCCAACAGGUUCCCGUAAGUACGAUUUUUAUGUAAAUUCUAGCUUACCAACCAGGUAUUGUCCUGAAAUGAAGGGCAGGGUUUAA